UUUUCCAUCAUAGCUCCGCAGUAAAUUUGCUAUCAUUCCUUAUACUAACAGGAGCUGAAAUAUUCGUUACUCUACACAAUAUUUAUUGAAGCAGUUAUCAACGAAAAGAUGCGUUUUAGUUGUAUAUGAUAAAUUUGGUUACACAUAUUUAUGUAACUUAUAAUAUUCAAAUGUUGUUACGAAAGUAAAUCAAGUUCGAAUAUUAGUGAAGUGCGGGGCUGUUCCUUCAAGGAUUUUCCAGCAAAUCUGUGAUAAUGCUACAACAGUAAUAUUCUCUUCAUUAUGAAGAGCUGUACUUUUGAAUUGAUUGAACAAGAAUAUUAUAUUGAAGUAUAAGCAUGAAAAUUAACAAUUUAGAAAAUUUUGCUUCCUAACGUACAAGUGAGCAUCGUGGAUAUAUUUAACCAGUCAAAUGACAGGUUAAAUUGAUGAGUGAUUUCUGGUGGAUUCGAAUUGUGUAGUUAUGAAUACGGUCCAAAGCACAGGACAUACAAAUGUUAGGAAUAAAAAGGACUCGGAGGAGUUAACUGUUUCUUCUUCCGAGAAAAGAAAUUGGAGAGGAAUUUUUAUAGCUCUAUUAGUAAUAGCUGCAGUGUUGGGUCUUAUAGUAUUUUCUAUUCUACUUCUUUCACCAGAGAUCGAAUCGUCACGACUACAUGGAAAGCGGAUACUUUUACAUGAUGUCCAGACUGGUCAAUAUCAAUGGAGAGAAAAUAAUGGAACCUGGUUGAACAAACACGAAUUCGUUUUCAUUAAUCCCGAUGGAGGUUUAUCUUCGCUAUACGUACAUGGUAUACACAAUAUCGAUUUGAAAGUUGUGAUGAAUAAUUCCACAUUUAGACAGCUGAAUGUCGAUAAGUUCAUCAUUUCACCGGAUCGAAACUACGUUCUUCUAUACACAAUGUCAGAAUCAGUUGAAAAUACAAGCUAUUUCAUCUACGAAUUGGCAACAUCGAAUAUUUUUACGCUUUCUGCAAAAGAAGGAGAUCAAUCUGCACCUAGUUUGCAACACGUUCUUUGGGCACCACGACCAACUAUGGCAGACGGAAUCGGAAAUGGUGAGAAAGGAUCGUUACAAGGAAUUGCGUUCGUUCAAGAAGGGGAUAUAUAUUACAAACCAAAAGUGCAAAGUGAUUUAAUAUGUAGAAUAACGACUAACGGUGCAAACGACAUGAUGAUGAAUGGUAUACCAGACUGGUUGUAUUCUCAUGUUGCAGAAUUGAGAAGUUCUACGCUACAGUUCUCGCCUGAUGGACAGUAUUUAUCGUACUUGGCAUUCAAUGUUUCGAAUGUGCACCGAUAUCAGUACGUAUGGUAUGGAGCUAAUGAUCAGUAUCCUGACAUAAAAGGUAUUCGAUAUCCAAAGAUUAAUUCACCUAACCCAAAUGUAACCGUUCACGUGGUAAACCUAAGUGUACUGAAAUUUAUUUCUCAGAAAAGUAUCAUUAUUCCUAGUUUCAUAAGCAACGAUAGCUACGUAGGUGGUAUGGAAUGGUUAUCUAUAUCUGAACUCUCAAUCACAUUCACUAAUAGACAUCAAAAUGUGUCUCACACUUUGCUUUGCACAGCACCUACCUUUGUGUGUAAUGCGGUUUUUACCGAGCAAGCUGCUGAGAAUGGUUGGGUUUUAAUUUCUGAAAAACCUGUUUUCAUAACAAUACAAUCCGAGCCUAUUACAAAUUCAAUAAUUGAUAACAGUAGUAUAAAGAUAGAAACUACUACAAAAAUGGACCGGAACUCGAACACGAAACAGGCAAUACGUCAUGUUUUUAUAUUAAAACGACUUGCUGUACGUGAUGGAUCUCAUGGCCAUUUUCGUCAAAUUGCUUUGAUUCCUAUGGAAACAAAAAGGCCUAUUAUAUUAACUAUAGGGCUUUUUGAAGUUACUGAAAUUAUCGGAUAUGAUAGACAAAGAAAUUUGUUAUAUUUUAUGGCCGCACCACAUCGAAAACCAGGACAACGUCAUUUAUACAGCAUGCAAAUCUCAUUGCACAAAAGUGUCGAAGCAAUCGUUAGGGAAGCAAAAGAUUUACAGCCAUACUGCAUGACAUGUGAGUCAGAGCCAUAUAGAUCAUUUAGUUUGCUUAGAGUAUCCAAUGAAACGGCUAAUGAAAUGAGCAUUCCAAACAAUUGUUUGUACAACAAAAUAUAUUUUAAUGUCGAUUACACAUUUUAUGUUCAAGAAUGUCUCGGACCGGAAUCGCCCUCUUUGUAUAUCGUCGACGCCUCGAGUGGCACAAAGAUAUAUAUUCUGAAUGACGGGAAUCAUUUACGCAAGCGUUUAACAGAAUUAGCCAAACCACAAAUAAUGACAUUUAGCGUUGAAAUAAAAUACGACUUUAACGCUCAAGUAAAACUAUUUCUUCCACCGGGAGUUAGAGAGGAUGAUGAUAUCCUACUUCCACUGAUACUACAAAUUGACGCAACCCCUGAAUCACAGCUUGUAUCAGAAAAAUAUACAUUUGAUUGGAACUGGUACUUGUGUAGUUACCAAUCUUACAUUAUUGCUCAAAUAGACGCAAGAGGAUCUGGCUUUCAAGGAGAAGCGUUGAAGACCCAAAUCCGGGGCAGAGCUGGCAUCGAAGUAGAAGACCAAUUAUCUGUGCUAACUUACUUACGAGAUAAUCUGAAACUGGUUGAUGUCAAUCGUAUUUGUGCCUACGGUUGGGGAUAUGGUGGCUACAUAGUAUCUAUGAUGCUAGCAAGUGAUACCGAUAAUGUUUUGAAAUGUGGAGCAGCUAUAAAUCCAAUUGUGUCUUUCAAAUAUUAUAAUUCAUUUUUCACCGAGAGAUACAUUAUUCAACCCGCUGAUAACGGACGUGCUUUACUCGAUACUGAUCUUUCUAUGAAAGCCGGAAAUUUGGCAAACAAAAAGUUUUUACUAGUUCACGGUACCGCUGAUACGUUGGUUCAUGAGCAACAUGCCGCCUUAUUAACAAAAUCUUUAAUUGAAGAGGGAGUAAUGUUCAGGCACCAGGUUUACGUCGAUGAAAACCACUAUCUGAUUAAUGUGUUAGAGCACGUGUACAAAACCAUUGAAGCAUACUUCGAGGAAAAUUUUUUAAACGAUAACCAAGAUUGGACAUCAGCGUUUUUCCUUUCUAAAACUUAACACAAUGUGCAAACUUCGAAAAUAAUUAUUCAACUCAUACUUUAUAUCGAACACGAGAUUAAUUAAUUACGUUACAUUAUUGCUUUAAUAUUGUUAUGUUAAUGAUUAAUAAUUUCUCUUAUAAACAAAUAUCACAUUCAUUAUUACUGAUGCAUUUGUCUUGUAUACCAUGACUAUGAGAAUAUUUUAUAUUGAGCAAUUCCAUGCGGAAUUGGCUGGCUGGUGGCACGACCCCCUUCAAUUUGCAUGAAACUUUGCAUGUGUGUUCGGUAUAGCAAAUAAAGUAUUUGUCACUGGUUUAGAGAUUUUUUCA